AAGAGUAUUUUCUUUUUCAAGAGGAAAAAGGACAAGGCAUAAGAUAUUUUCUUUUUCCUCUUUCAAUGUUAUACUCCUUUCGAGAUGAUAAAUGUAUGUUUGAAAUUCAAGAGAAUCCUUUUUCUCUUCUUCAUAUUUUUUGGUUGACGCAAUUCAUUUAAUUAGCUUCAAUGGCCGUGAGGAAACCUGGUCUGAUUGCUUUGUUUGAUGUUGAUGGAACUCUCACAGCACCAAGAAAGGUGGCAUCUAUACAAAUGUUAGAUUUCAUGCGGGACCUGCAGCAGGUUGUUACAGUUGGGGUUGUGGGUGGAUCUGACCUUAGCAAGAUAUCUGAGCAGCUUGGGAAAACAGUCAUUAAGGACUAUGAUUACGUGUUUUCUGAGAAUGGUCUUGUUGCUCAUAAAGAUGGGAAACUCAUUGGUACUCAGAGCUUGAAGUCAUUUCUUGGAGAGGAAAAGCUCAAGGAAUUUAUAAACUUUACGCUUCAUUAUAUUGCUGACUUGGAUAUCCCAAUAAAAAGGGGAACAUUUAUAGAAUUCCGAAGUGGGAUGAUCAAUGUCUCACCA